AUGUCUUUGAUACAAUGCCCUGUUAGACAACUACACCGACACAUUGACAUCAUCAAUUACAACAAUCAAUUCAUGGGUGAUGGUAGUACCAGCACGUCUGUUCACUUUCAGCAGCCAAAGCAGCGCUCUUGGAACACGUCUCAGGUCCAGGUGGACACAAAUCAGAUGGAGGGUGAUACUACGACAGCUGUGUCCUCUCUGACUGCGGCAUCGCCGGGAGGUGUACACCCAUUUUUUCUCCCUUCUCCAUCUAGCAAAUCUGGUACUAGCGGAUCUGCAAAGUUGCCUUCUUUGGCCGGGCGCGGAGCACAUUGCUCCGCGGCAGGGUCAUUAGAGGACCCAGGUCGCCUGCUGCUAGGUCACACCGUGCAGGCAGAAGAUCUCGAAUUAGUGGCCCGUCCAGUGUUGUUUCCCACACUUCACUUGACAAAUAUUUACAUUCUUUUCCAGCAGGAGACUGACUCCCUUGGUGACAAUCAUCGCUGUCGCUCUUCACUAGCUACUCGCGUUACCUUCCAGAACGUCAACGGCGUCCUGGAGGAUGGUGACCAUGAGAAACAGCGGCAGAUCAACUCCUGGCUGAAAGAUGAACGAGUGGGAAUCGCGUUGUUGGCAGAGGCCAAAACAUAUUGGCCCUCUAUCUCAGAGGGUCAUGGAUGGAACGAUAGAAUGCGUCAGGCGACCAUGAAGGCAAAACAAAAAGGUUUCUAUUUGGCGGUCGCCUAUAAUAAACAGCAGUCACGAUCAUUGGCAACUACAGCUUUUCAGUGGGGAGGAUGUAUUGCGACAGUGCUCAGCCAGGUCUUGCACCGAGCUAAGGAAGGUGGCAGCAAUUUGACAGGGCUGGGACGUUGGGCUUAUGUUUGCCUUCAAGGGAAGAAGCUGAUGACGGGAGGGGGGAUGACCACUCCGGCUCUGUGUUUGAUGUAA